GAUCGUUAGUGGUCGUUCGCGGGCAAUCCGCAACGACGAGCAGCGCAGUGGAGAACAAAAAUAUUCAGGGUCUGACUGCAAAUAAAAGGAAACGGACAUUUCCGAAGUCGCAAAGUCGCUUUUCCGCACCUCUGCACGCCGAAUGCACCCGUAGCACAGGUUUAAGUUGAAAUGGAGGAGGACACUGAAUUCACAAAGCUUCCUUUGGAAGAGCGAUGCGUACACAAGUUGUGGAAGGCCAGAGUUCAUGGUUACGAGGAGGCGGCCAAGCUUUUCAGACAAAUCCCAGAUGAAAAAGCUCCGGAGUGGAACAAAUAUUUGGGAAUCGUCAAAAAAUUCGCGGCAGACAGCAAUGCAGCUGCUCAGGAGAAGGGCCUUGAAGCUAUCUUGGCAUACAUCGAGAAUGCAGGACCAGCUGGAAAGACGGUUGGUGAAGUUAUGUCGAACAUUGUAACAAAAUGCUUAAGCGCACCAAGAACCAAAACCAAAGAACUUUCUCAGCAAGUUACAUUGAUGUAUGUAGAGAUUGAAAAACAUGAAGCCGUAAUGGAAGAGCUGAUCAAAGGGUUCGAUCAGAAGAAUCCAAAAGUUGUGGCUGCUUGCAUCAACACAGCGACUAUGGCUCUUAACGAGUUUGGUAUGAAAGUGAUCAACGUCAAACCACUAGUAAAAGAGGUACCAAAAUUGUUGGACCACCGAGACAAAAUUGUCCGAGACGAAGGAAAAGCCUUGAUAGUUGAAAUUUACCGCUGGGUGGGAGUAGCCGUCAAGCCUCAACUAAGCAACCUCAAGCCAGUUCAGUUGACUGAACUGGAGGCUGAGUUUGAAAAAGUGGCUGGAGAGAAAGUUGUGCCGACUCGCUACUUGCGGUCUCAGCAGCAGAAGCAGCAGGUAGCUGCAGUAGAAGAGGGAGAGGGUGACGAGGUUGACGCUGAAGAAGAAGACGAAGCAGCUGCUCCAGCUAUAGAUCCGUUAGAACUAAUAGAUCCAGUCGACAUCCUGUCUAAAUUGCCCAAGGAUUUCUACGAGAAACUUGAGGCCAAGAAGUGGCAGGAGAGGAAAGAGGCUAUGGAUGAGCUCGAGAAACUAGUCCAGAACCCAAAGCUAGAAGGUGGUGACUAUGGAGAGCUCGUUAGGGCACUAAAGAAGAUUAUUCAGAAAGACUCAAAUGUGAUGAUUGUUGCUCUGGCUGGCAAGUGCGUGGCCGGACUUGCAAAUGGAUUGAAGAAGAAAUUCCAGCCAUAUGCAUCAGCAUGUGUAUCAUGCAUUUUGGAGAAAUUCAAGGAGAAAAAGCAGAACGUUGUAACUGCGAUGCGUGAAGCCAUUGACGCUGUCACACAAAAUCUGACUUUGGAAACAAUGCUAGAAGAUAUUACUGAAGCAAUUGAGAAAAAUAAAAAUCCCGCUGUCAAAUCUGAAACUUCUUCAUUCCUUACUCGCUACUUCUCCAGGUGCACCCCUCAGAUGCUGGACAAGAAAAUGCUAAAAGCUUAUGUACCACUUCUGCUGAAAGCAUUAAAUGACCCUGAUGCAACAGUGCGAGACAGUGCAGCCGAAGCUUUGGGCACUGCAAUGAAGGCAGUUACUGAAAAAUCGAUCAUGCCUUUCAUUGGAGAUUUGGACAAUAUCAAGAUGCAAAAGAUAAAGGAGUGCUGCGAAAAGGCAGUUAUGACCGUAAAAAUUCCUAAGUCGGCUCGUCCUGCAACUGCGCCUGCUAAAGUGGUGGCCAAACCAGCUUCAGCCCCUCCACCAAAAAAACCGACUGGUCCCAAGAAAGUUCUCUCUGGCGGUGCAAAGGCAGCAAAACCUGCGGCAAAAAAGCAAGCUGCAGCCUCUACUGUUAGUAACUUUGAGAGGGAGAUGGCUGAUGAAGAAGUGGAGGCGAUUGUUUCUGAACUUCUUCCACCACAGCUAUUGAAUGACCUUGUAGAUGCUAACUGGAAGACCCGUUUAGCUGGAGCAGAACAGUUAUUGCAGUUGGUGAGCAAUAUGGACAAGAGCGAUAUGCAGGCACAAGCGCUAGUUAAGACGCUGAGCCGUAAGCCUGGCCUCAAAGACAACAACUUCCAAGUUAUGAAAGCAAAGUUGGACGUGGUCAAAGCAAUUGCAGAGAGCCCAAAAUUUACACGAACAUCUGCAAACCUUUGCUUGCAAGAUGUGGCUGAAAAACUUGGAGAUGCGAAAACUGGCGUUGCUGCAGCUGAAGUCCUUACAACCAUAGCAGAUAACUUGAAGCUUGACUUUGUAGCUACUGAGGUUCUCUCAUUUGGACUUAGCCAAAAAAGUCCAAAGAUUCAGCAAGAAUCAAUGGCCUGGCUCUCAAAUGCCAUUAAAGAAUAUGGCUUUGUUAUUCAACCUAAACCAGUUUUGGAAAACAUUAGAAAAGCUUUGGCGUCAACUAAUGUGGCUGUUCGAACAUCGGCUAUUUCUCUUUUGUGUACUCUCUAUCUCUACAUGGGAGAUACUUUGAGAAGGAUCAUGGAGUCUGAAAAGCCUGCCAUAGUGCAGCAGAUCAAUGCUGAGUUUGAUAAGCUUGAAGGCCAACGUCCGCCAACUCCAAUUAAAGGCAUGACUGUUUCCACGGGAGAGGAUAAUUCUGAGAGUGUAGAGGAUGACCAGAAUCCCGAUCCAGACAACUUACAAGAACUCUUGCCUCGUGUAGACAUCAGUGGCCAGUUCACAGAUGCCAUCAUCUCUCAGCUAUCAGAUACAAACUGGAAAAUGCGAGAUGAGGCACUACAGAAGGUUUCCACUAUUGUGAAUGCCAAUGCUUAUGUUACGGCCAACCUUGGCGAGCUACCAGCUGCCUUAGCAAAGCGACUAACUGACAGCAAUAAAAUAAUUUGUCAGUCCACAUUUACCAUUUGCCGGCAACUCGGAGAAAAACUCGGAGCUCAAUGCAAGCAGCACAUAAGGACUCUCAUGCCAUCAAUGCUGCAAGGCUUAAGUGACAGCAAGAGUCAGGUUAGAUCACUAGCAAUGGAUUGCAUUAAAGUAUGGGCUGAACAAAGUGGACUGAAGGAGAUUUAUGAAGGCGAAAUGAUUGCUGAUGCACUCAAGACUGGCAAUCCAUUCUUAAAAGCGGAGCUUUUCCAGUGGAUGGCGGAGAGUCUAACUAAUGCAAAGAAAAUUUCAAAAGAAGAUCUUAUUGCCACCCUCCCUCACUUGAUGGCUGCAGUGGAGGACAGGAAUGCUGAUGUGAGGAAAAAUGCGCAGGACGCUGUUCUUCCCAUAAUGAUUCACGUUGGCUUCGAACCAAUGGCUCGACAGAGUCAAAAGCUAUCUGCUGCCAGCAGAACAGCUGUUACAACCAUGUUGGAAAAAGCCCGAGCUAGUUUGCCUGCUAAGCCAGCAGCUCCUCCCAAAGCUGCUGCAAAGGGCGCUCCAGCUAAAGGCAAGCUUGCUCCUCCAGCAGCAGCUCCUGCCAAAAUCAACACAAAUACAAUUACAAAGUCCAAGCCAACCAUUGCAAAGCCAUCAGCAACCAGCCGCAAUAAAAAGGAAGAUGAUCAAGAUCUGUCACCACUCUUACAAGUGAACAAUCUCAAAACUCAGAGGAUGGCUGAUGAACAAAAAUUAAGGGUCUUAAAAUGGAAUUUCACAACUCCGCGGGAUGAGUUUGUUGACCUUUUGAAAGAUCAAAUGACAACCGCAGCUGUGAACAAAUCUCUCAUGGAUAAAAUGUUCCAUAAUGACUUUAAGUUUCACCUCAAAGCUAUUGACGCUUUGAAUGAGUUCCUCAAUGUGAAUCCUCAAGCCACUGUGAGCAACUUGGACCUGAUUCUGAAGUGGUUAACACUUAGAUUCUUUGACACCAACCCCUCCGUUCUUCUGAGGGGCCUGGAGUACCUGCUCACAGUUUUUGCAAUGCUGGCAGAGGAUGGUUACAAUAUGCCUGAAAUGGAAGCCUCCUCUUUCAUCCCUUACCUAAUUUUAAAGUCCGGCGACCCCAAAGACACAGUUCGUAACGGUGUCAAGAACAUCAUGCACCAAAUCACUUUGAUUUACCCCUGCAGUAGGCUCUUUGCAUAUGUGAUGGAGGGUCUCAAAUCAAAGAACUCGAGGCAGAGAACAGAGUGCUUGGAGGAAUUAGGUCUGCUGAUUGAUAACUACGGCAUCAGUGUCAGUCAGCCAACACCUGCAGCUGCUCUCAAAGAAAUUGCCAGACAAAUUUCAGAUAGGGACAAUUCUGUACGAACUGCUGCUCUCAACUGUGUGGUGCAAGCUUGGCACCAAGAGGGUGAAAAAAUCUACAAGAUGAUCGGACAGAUCUCUGACAAAGAAUUGUCUCUACUGCAAGAACGUAUCAAGCGUGCUGGAAAAACGCGACCUGUGAUUAAGACGGCUGUGGAGGUAGCUGCAAGCAGGCCAACAAAGGCUGUCAGGCCAAAUGCUGUUGCACAGGAGGUCGCUGAACGGUACUCGGAGCCAGAGGAAGUUGUCGAACCCACUUAUAGUAACGUUGCCAACGAGACACACCCAGCUGACAGCAGUUUGUUGACUAAUUUUGCCAACGAGGGUGAUGUGACCAUGAUCACCAAUCCCAACAGCACGUACACAUUACCAGUUAUUCACAACAAACGCCUGCUCCUCAGUCCAAUAGCAUCCUCAAGCCCUAAGCGCGCCAGGACCUUACAAGUAAAUAGUCCUGCCGCGCAAAUAAGCACGCUUGAUCAAAAUGAGCCAGUUGAAAGUUUGCGGCAAAUUCCUGAGGAAAAUAUUGCCCCCAGUUACGAAGAUUUGACUGAGGCGGGUAGCAGUGCCCUCAGUAGCAGAACAGGCAGUGUUGAAGAAAUCAUCCUAUCGAGUGGCAGCAGUCUCGAGGUUCUCAAUCCAAGAGGUUCCAACUCGUUGGAUUCAAUCAAGAGAAAUUUGCUUCUACUUGACCUUCGUAUGAAUCGUCUUGGGGACUCUCCUGUUUCCAGCAAAGCUAAUCCAUCACAUCGUCAACGUCCAAUUUCUGCAGCCUUUCGUCUUGAUUAUGACUUGCUUGAAGAUUUGGAGAACGGGCCGUCCGUCAAGGCUCCACAGUUGUUGAAAAUGGAUCUUGAUGACAUUGGAAAUGACGUCCGUAUGCCCAGGCUUGAUCCCGCAAAGCACAUGAUUACCUCGCCGUUGACAAACCGUUCUGGUGCAACGGCGACAGUAGAACUACACAUUGGUCGGCUCUGCAACCACAACCUGGAUCGUAGCAUCGAAGCCUGCAAGGAAGUAGAAAUGAUGAUGCGGCGAGAGGCAUCCAGCAAGACUCUAGUGGCGAUGACUGACCAGGUUCUUGUUGCAAUCACCAACCAGCUGCAAGUGCUACAGAAGGCCACCGCUGAGACACAUGAUCUUCAGCUCAUGAGUGUAAACUACACGCUACUCAUCGCCAUACUCCGAUCUAUAUUUUCAAGUCCUCAGAUGGCAACUCGUGCAUCACAAGCUGUAAUUCGUGAUGUCAUGAGUUCACUUCUGCUAAUGCUGGUCGAACAAAAGCUCGAGCGAUUUAACACCGAGGAUCAAAUUGUGCGCCUCACCAAUUCGCUUGUGGUGCGCAUCAUUGAAAAUGCAGACCACACCAGACUUGUCACCGCGCAAGUUCGAAUGCUUCACGACUGCAUCAGCAAUCCAAAUACUCACCCAAAGUUCACUGAGCUGGUUAUGAAAAGUUUGUGGAAGGUGAUGCGUGUUAUUGAGCAGUGGCAGGAGCAGCUUGACCUUGCUGCAGUUCUUAGGGAGGUUAACCAUUUUCUUGUGGAUUUCCCAAGUCACACUUGGAGGGACAGAAAAGAUUUGACCCCAUUGAAAACAAUCAAAACGCUUGUGCACACAAUGGUACAGUUCAAGGGCGCCACACUUCUCACUUAUUUAAACAAAGAAGACACUUGCAACGAGCUUAGUAAAAUUGUCAACAAAUACAUAAGCACGAGUGCACCGAAACUAGGCGAUAGGCCUGCUGCUCCUAGAGAACAACAGCAGCUAGCUUCUCCUCAUAGACUCUCCAAGACGACACACCACCAGUUGUCUGCCAUUUUUAAGAAAAUUGGAUCCAAAGACCAAACCAGAGAGGGGUUAGAGCAGUUGUAUGACUUUCAGAAGAUGAACCCUGAUGCUGACAUUGCGCCCUUUUUGGAAAAAGCCUCACAGUUCUUCCAAGAAUAUAUUGAGAAAGGACUCAAGACCAUUGAAACUGAUCGCAGUCGCCAGGGCAGCACAGCUGCCAGUUCCAUAUCCUCACCUCAAGAAACACCCAGUGAAAGUGGAGUAGAGCUUGGCUUGUAUUUGAGGCAACAAAAUAGUGAGGAUGGCGACAUGAUUCCAGCGUCUGACAAGGCUAAUUACUACAAAGAGAAGCUAAAGGCACUUCAGCACAAGGCUGGCCUUGGCGCUAAUGAGGAAUCCAUGGACAACAGGGUUGAUGACAUGAACCGCAACCAUGCCCAAAAAGAGUUGCUGGACAAUUUGCCUCGUAGUGUACUGGGCGAGUCAAAUUUGAGCAGUCCUCCAAAGCAGACAGAUGCUGCUAGUCUGGAGCUGAUCAAACAACGUCUAGAAAGGCUGAAGCGGUAGAUGGAUAAGUUUUGUAAGUGGAAAGAGGCGCGCCGCUUGUAUACUUAUAAUACGUACCUUUGGUCCACAACCCCUCUUCACCCCUGCCAGCUGGUAAGAAAUGAACCAUACCUUUACUGUCUCUCUACCAGUCAACGAACACCAUAGAUUCUUUGUUGUCCCCGAAUCUCUCUCGGUAUUGGUUCAACCUGUUCACUCCUGAAUUUGUUAAUGUUGCUGCUGUAUUACUCAUUUAAAAGAACUGAUUUGUUUGAUUCCAAUUAACGCAGAUUAAAACGAAUAUUAACAAUAAUAUGUUUUAGUAAAGAAAUUGCAUUUUGCUUACAAGCUUAAUUAGCUAAUUAAUAAACUGAUAAGACAGUAAUUUUAUUUAAAGAGAUUUAUUAAUUUUUUCUUUUUGUAUUCAAGUAAAAGAGUAGACAACGUAGAAUCGGUAAAACGAGUUUUUCUGCUGCUACUUAAAUCACCUCGAGUACCUCGAAUCUUGAUCAUUUUUUAAUUGGAAAUGUUUGGCAUGUCAGGGCUUAAUGUCAAUUGUGUUGUUUGCACAAAAGUUAACGAGAUUGUUGCAAAGUAAAAUAAGCUCUCUUCUUGAUCUGUUUCUUCAUAUUUGGAACUGUGCCAGCCACGAACGAAUCGAAUUGAGCCCUGCAUGACCGACCAAAAAUCAGUUGAAACUAUAAUGAAGUAAUCAAUAGAUAACACUAUAUUAUUAAUGCUACUAGGUGAUUAACUCAAACUUAGCUCUAAUAAUAAAGUAAUAUGUUUUAAUAUCAA